UAUCGUCGGUAUCUCGAUCUUUCGAGUUGUGAAUCAAAUGGAUUAACAGUGUGUUGUGCGUUAAAAAUUACUAAAUUCAUACACACUCGCCAUAGACAAAUUUCUCUGCUCCUUUUCAGAGAGUUCUGUCAAAAAAGAUCGAUGAAACUUAUAAUAGAAUUUACAGAAUAUUCAUAAUUUGGUACGAACUAAAGGAACUGAAUUUUUCCUUGCUGAAACUCAAUAGACACAUGACGAACACGUCUCCUCUGCAAUAGGUACUGAAUUUGGUGAAAGUAUUUCAGGCGUUCUUGAUAUGGCAUUGCAUAAGGUGUUUGUUUAUGGCACUCUGAAAACUGGGGAACCGAAUCAUCAUGUAUUUGCAAAUAACGUUGAUGGCUGUUACAAACUUCUGUGCAAGGCAGUGACAUCACAAAAAUAUCCGCUCAUUUUAGGAACAAAAUUCAACAUUCCAUUCCUUCUCCAAAAACCAGGGACAGGAUAUAAUGUGAAGGGUGAGUUAUAUGAAGUCGAUGAUAAGGUAUUGGCUGUUCUAGACGAAUUAGAAGAUCAUCCCAAUUUUUAUAUAAGAGAACAAUCAGAUGUGAUAUCAAGUGCCGACUCUUCAGUUCACAAGGCUUGGAUUUACUUUAUAAAAAAUUUCCAGAAACAUCUAUUGGAAAAUGAAAUGAUGGACUGUUACUCCAACAAUGGAUCAUUACCAAAAUAUGUCGAAAGGUAUCUCAGAGGAGGACUAAAGUUCAAUUAUAAUGAAGUAUUGAGUAAAUGAAUUUUCUGUUCACAGUGAGGAGGCAACAUUGGACGAUUUAAAUUGUUUCUAGAAAUACUUUAUUCCAAUUGAUUUUCAAUAUAUUUUCCUAAUAAA